AUGCAUGUGGAGUUUCGUAUUUCGUGCAUUGAGAGGAUAUGCGCCUUUGAUGCGGAGAGUUUUAUUCGCAUGCAUCAACUGAGGGAUCGUUCCCUGCAGGAGUUGGAGUCAAAGCGGGCGCUUGUCACACUGCCUGAAGGGGGCAGGCGUGCGAGGAGGUCGUUUCAGCCACAUUUGAAGAUCCAACUGGUCUUUGAGAAUCUUGUCUGCAUUGAGAGCUCCGUCUUUUGCGGCGAGGCGGAGCGACAACAGCAUGAAAAGCAGGUGACAACAAACUGGGAUGCCAGCGAGAUACGCACAAAGCGAUACUGCAGUUACACGGGAGAAGUCAUUGUUGCCUCCCUCCCUAUUUCUGUGGCGAAGCGACAUUUAAAAAUACGCCUUGUGCAACUUGUACCAGAGCUUAGUAGGGAAGAAUACGCGUUUCUCAAGGCCUCCUACCCUUCCUUUUUUAAUCUGCAGGAUAACAGCCUUUGUAUUGGGGUGGCAAAGAUUGGUAUGAGGGAACUUCUCAUCACAAACGGAGGCGUCAGCGUGAAGCUGCAGCCCAAGCAGGGGAUGAUGUCAGCUGUGGAGGCCCGGAAUCUUAACACCAUUGCCACCAACGGUAUGUUUGGGAGGGAUGUUGGCGGAAGUGCCGUGUUGACAGUUCAGACUGCCAGCGUUGUUUUUGGUGAAAAGUCGCUACUGCCGUGGUUCACUCCUUCCCGCCGGAGUACGGGCGCCAUGCCCGCAUGCCCCUUCUCCACCGUCGCUCAGGGCGUGGAUGGCACAGUCGUUGUACACGACAAUGCCGAGACAAACGGGAGUGAGGCGAGAAUUGCAGAACUGCGACAACAAAUGAGUUCCCCGGUGGCUCACCUUUUGCUUGUGCCGUACAUGGUAUUCAUUCAUACCGUGCUCUGCCUGAGCGAUGCCGUAUCGUGGCGGCAUACCACAAGGACGGCUCUGCUUCUUUGCAUUGUCCUGUUUGUUUUUCUCACGGAUGUGUUGGAGAUGGGUCUCAUGCUUGGUUUUCUUGUGGAGGUGAUUUCUAUAAUACGGAUGGCUGUUUUGUUUUAUCGCAUGCCUUCUCGAAUGGAUCGCAGCGUGGGCUCGGUCAUUUCUUUGACGAAGCGGGGGGAUGACUUUCAGGCGGUGCUGUACGGGUGCCAGAAUCACGUCAUCAACGGCAUGGUACGUGCGCGACUUUUUUUUUCACAAGGCCUUUUGGCGGAUUGCUACUUUGAGCUUGCCUUUUUGUUUUCUCGCAUGCGUCGGGCCAAACGGUGGCUAUUGCCGUGUGUUAUGUCAACAAUCACCGCCUCACUUGUUUUCUCCACGGAGUCGUUGUUGUUUCUUCUCCUCCUGGCGGCAUUUCUCAUCCACCCGCUGACGCUGCGUGUCCCUCCGUCCCACCUGCGUAAACUGUGGCGGCGUCAAAUGUCAUUGGGUGUUUUUUGGCAGGUACUGACGUUGUGUCGCCCCAUGCGCGUGUCGCGGGUGGUGCUUGUCACGGAGGAGAGAGAGAGGAAGGGGCUACGAACGGGCUCGUUCUCCACCACGCCGUUUAUCCCCCCCAGCCCAAUGCGUAGCCUCAUCACAUUCCCUGCACCCGGCAUAUCGCAACACACGGCAGUGGAGGAGAAUCGGCAUCGUCGCACAGCAUCGGUGAACGCAUCACCGGAAAGGGAAGGCGGACAGUCCAGGCAGGCAGGCGACCGCGGUUCCUUGUCGCGCAUGAAUCCCCAAGCAGCAAGGCUCCUAAGCAAUUCCGCCGCGGUAGAUAAAUCUUCUUUAAGCACGGCCAUGAAUAGUAACAAUCAUCUGGCGGCGCACUUGUCUUCCUCUAAAGUCUUUUCACGGUCUGUCGGUGACACGCUGAGAAUUGACGCACAAACAAAGUCACUACUGAACUUUGCCAUCAUCGUCAUCACGACGGAAGGAGCCCCCGUAAACGGCAAUAAAAUGGCCACCUCCAGCAGCAACGGCGGAAAUGGGUUGAUUGUUCAGAAAUUUCGGCGCAUUCUGCAGCGGGCGAGGGCGCUUGAACGUCCCCCACCACCCGAAUCGCAGCGGGAACAAUAUCAGGCAUAUUUCAAUUGUGUCAUACCCUUCUUGCAGUUCUUGCGACGCCAAUGCACAUUGAAGGUGUACGUGACACCAUCUUCUUCGUUAGGUUCCCUCCCCACGUUGGACACGGGGAAAAUGGUGAGACUGGAUCAUUUGGCACAUCUUUCCCACCUGGUGGACGAGGGAGAGGAUGAUGGGAUCACGUCCACGCUGUUGGCUCAUUCUUCUCAACAGGUGCUCGUGGGGCAGCUGCCACCUCUCGAGCAUAUUGAUACCAGCGCUCGAGCCUUUGCUGUGCUGGCGGCAUAUUUACUCCAAGGCUCUCGUCUUUCCAUCUACAGUAGACCGGGCAACAAAGGCUGUGGCAUCAUCAUUCCUCUUAAAAUGGGAUCGAAUGAUAUUGAAUUGGCUCCGGAGCCAAAUCCCUGUCCUCCAUCUCUUCAGAAAGCAUUGAUCGACAUCUGGAAGGGGUGGACAGAUGAAGAUGUCUCUAUUUUUAUCAAUACAGAUGUAGUUAUGAAUAUUAUUUCUACACAAAAGGAAUUUCUGGGGGGCGAUGGCAGUGAUGGAUUGUGUGCAAACGAGGACUAUCAAAACAUAAUCAUGGCAUCCCAGGACGGUUGCAAGACGGCACGAGAGACGUCGAAGCGACUUUUUUCAACUUUUAGUGCAAUUUCGUUGGGGUCUAAGCGGCAACGCGCUUUAAACGCUUCCCUUCAAAAUCCCGAGGGCUCAUUUGUCUUCUCGACGUUGGGUGGAAAAAGAACUUCAAAGGAGGGCGUAAGCCCUGUUGAUGGGGAAAAACCACACAAAACCACUUCUGUUUUACCCGCAGGAAAUCGCACAUUUCACCAAGCGACGCGGUCGUGGGCCUACAGCCCACCCACCUUCGAUAGUAUGAUUCCGCGUCAAUUGUCGGUGCCGCGCUAUGGCCUGGAGAAUACUCAUACUUGGGAGGAGGGGCUGGGAAGAUCAUCCAAUGAAAGCACAAGGGCGGGGACUGAGGACGUGUCACCCGUGGCAGCUAUGUCAGGCACAUCCCGGGCAAAAUAA